CCUGCUUGUCGACGAAUGAGCGCGCGCCCAUUGUUGACGCGCCAGGCCCCGCCCCCCGCCGCAGCCUCGCAGAAUCCCGGCCGCGCGGUCCGCUGUCCCCCGAGGGGAGGCCUGGGCGGGCCGCUCCUGACCUCCGCUCCCUUCCUUUCCCGUCGCGGACCUCCCCGGGCUCUGCCACAGACUGUCGUCCCCUCGGUGGGCGGCUCCUCGGCCGCCCGGCCCGCCCCGCUUCGGGCCGCGCUGCCCAGGGCCUCCGGUCUGCGGCGGCCCAGCCGACGGCCACCGUCUUCGCCCUCGGCGUCGCCUCCGCCCGGCCGACGCCCCAGCGAGGCGCUGCCCGGUGCCAUGUCCGCCUCCGGAGACCCGGGCCAGGCCCCAGGAGGCCAGGAUAGCCCCGUGGGCGCCGUGGGGGCGUGGGCCCCAGUGGCCGCUGGCGGUGGCGGCGGCGGCGGCGGCGGCGGCGGCAACGGGGUGGUCCUCGAGUCCGGGCCCCAGCAGGCGCAGGCGGCCGGAGUCGCCGGGUCGGCGGGAGGCGUCGGCAUGGAGGUCGUGGGUCUCCAUCUGGCCAUCGACCCCGAGGGCGGCGGCGCCCACGCCGAGGAGGCCGAGGACGACUCGGACUUCGGGCCGGCGGACGAGGACGGGGAGGAGGCGCCGGAGGACGACCUGGACAUCCUGGUGGACGCCCAUCAGUUCCCCAUGGUCAGUUUCCGUUUCAUGUUCCUGGACUUGGUGCACUCGCUGCUGCACCGCAUCAACUGCAACAACCAUAUCCUCGUGCGGCCCCGCGGCGGCGGCAUGGUGGUCCCACCCCAGCCUCAGCUACGCGACAGCCUGGGCCAGCACCCCGUGCCCCUGGCUGCGCUGCCUACACCUGCAGCGGCCGCCGACGUCCACGAGUCCGAGGCCUCGUCCGAGGAGGAGGCCGACUGGGAGACGGCGGAGGAGCCGGACGAGGAGCCCGAGAUGGGGCCGGCGGCCGCCGAUGGGACAACUCCAUACCAGUAUGAAAACUCUGACAAAGAGGCCCAAGGCUCUGAGAGGGGGAAAGAAAAAGAGAAAUUUGACAAUAAACAAGACGGACCUAACUAGAAGGGAUCCGGCCCAACAGAGAACAGGGCCAGAAAAUCCAGUUGGAAGAAAUAGAAAGAAAAUGAAGAAGCAAGAAACUGCUGUUCAUUAUUUUUAAGAUUUUCUUUUCUUUUUUUUUAGAAGCCCGUGGGAAUUUUAUUAACACCAAUUCGGCAUUCCAAACUGCAUCACCAAAAAGACUCCUCUCUUACUUGUGACUGGUAUAUUUGACAGCAUUUGUUCUGGUUAAAAAUAAAUUUGUUUUAAAUUAA